ACAAGGAUUUUUUAAUAUGAAUAAUAAGAUAAAUGAAGCAGCUCUGCUCUUCGCAGGAGGCAGCAAAAAUGCAUUUAACAAAGAAGAAGCCAUUAAUAUAAUAUCAGCAACAGGAGUGGCGGUAAAAGAUACAGAAACAAUUGAUGUACUGGGUAACGAAAUAUCGCAUGAGCAGCUAGUGGAUAUUGCCGGGAAACUUAGGGCUAAACAAUAUACUGUAGAUGAACUUACAAAACUUUUUACCAACUUAAAUGCCAGUGGUAAUGGAACUGUCAACAGGGGCACCAUUGUAUACAUCCUCAAGACAAAUCAUCAUAUACCAGAUGAUCAAAUUGAUGCGUUUUUAGCAGACCUAAACUUGACAGAGCAAAAUGGAUUUAUUCGUGUAGAUGAGCUAGUGAAGGCCCUACUCACUGUUCUGAAGGAGCCUUAAACU